AUGCGCUAUUUGGUAAGCUUGGUACACCCCGCGUGUAUUUAAGCAAUUGACUUUGUAUCAAUUGCUUCCCAACUUCUGAAAUAUGAAAUACGCGUGUUUUCCUUUGCCUACGCUACAUCAGAUUUCUUGCAAAAGCCCUUUUUCGGGACACAUGCGGAACUAAAGACGUUCGCCUGAGGAGUUAACGUGUAAGCGAAUUGUUAAUCUUCCCCCAGGGUACUAAAACAACAAAGGAGGGAAAAGUGGUGAAGUUGACAGAAGUUUUGGAGCCCAACACUACAGCAACACUCAAUCCUCUGUGGGAAGUCGGGGGGAAGCUAAAGAAGUUUGGAGUGCAAAAGAGUUUGAAGGAAACAAGACUGAAUCAUGGAGGGUCUCCGGAGACUGUUGCGCAAAUUCAUGUGCGUCCGCAAACAACUGAUCCUGCUACUGACUCCGCUCGUGCUCCUGCCGCUGGUGUUCCUCAUGCCGCCCAAGGAGGGUAAAUGUCUGUAUGUGGUGCUCCUGAUGGCGGUGUUCUGGUGUACGGAGGCUCUACCGCUGGCCGUGACGGCCAUGUUGCCCGUCUGCCUCUUCCCCACCAUCGGCAUCCUGCCCUCCAAGAAGGUGUGCCCACAGUACUUCCUGGAGACCAACUUCCUGUUCCUCAGCGGCCUGCUCAUGGCGUCCGCCAUCGAGGAGUGGGGCUUGCACCGCCGCAUCGCCCUCAAGGUCCUGCAGAUCGUCGGCGUCAAGCCAGCAUGGCUGAUCAUGGGGAUGAUGAUCACUUCCUCCUUCCUGUCCAUGUGGCUCAGUAACACGGCAACCACAGCCAUGAUGCUGCCCAUCGCUAACGCCAUCCUGGAGAGCCUCUUCGGGGACCUGGCUACGCUCAAGGAGAAGUGCAAGGUCCAGACCCCUGCAGAGGGUGAAGUGAAGCUGCAUGUCCUUCCUUCAGAGCCGUCAGAGAAGCACAUCCUGACCAUGGAGGAUGGGAGAGAGGAGGUGGAGAGGAUGGAGACUGCCUCCCCUGAGGAGGUGCGUAUGGAGGCUCAGUACCAGCUGAAGGUCUGGAAGGGAUUCCUCAUCUGCAUCCCCUACUCCGCCAGCAUCGGGGGCACCGCCACACUCACGGGCACCGCACCCAACCUUAUACUGGUGGGACAGCUCAAGAGUUACUUCCCAGAGUGUGACCUGAUUAACUUUGGCUCGUGGUUCGUGUUCGCCUUCCCCCUCAUGUGCAUCUUCCUGCUGCUGGGCUGGUUCUGGAUCUCCUACCUCUACGGGGGCAUCAACACCAGGUUGUGUAUAAGAAAGCAGGAUGAGAGGGCCGCUGCAGAGGCAAAAGCGCAAGCGGUCAUCGAUGAGGACUACAAGAAACUCGGACCUCUAUCGUAUGCACACACAUCAUCAGCUUUCUUCUUCAUCAUCUUCGCCUUCCUCCUCUUCACCAGAGAUCCCAAGUUUGUCACUGGAUGGUCCGUUUUCUUCAACAAAGGGUGCGUUUCAGAUGCAGUAACAGGCAAAGCCAUUAUCGAUUCCAUCUUGUUCUUCUUCCCUUCCCAGAAACCCUCCCUCAGUUGGUGGUUCAGACCCCAAAGGUCAGUCUCCCCCAAUACUCCGUACAUCCCGCUGCUGUCGUGGAAGAAAGCUCAGGAUUGUGUGCCGUGGAACAUCAUUCUGCUGCUAGGGGGAGGAUUCGCCAUGGCCAAAGGAUGUGAGGAGUCUGGUCUGGCUGUGUGGAUAGGUGGUCAUCUCCAGCCCUUGGCUCGGAUUCCUCCUGCGGCUGCAGUCAUGCUCAUCACUGCGUUCCUGGCCACCUUCACUGAGUUCGCCAGUAACACCGCCACAAUCAUCAUCUUCCUCCCAGUCAUCGCUGAGCUGGCCCUGCGCGUGAACGUUAACCCACUCUAUUUUAUGAUUCCGGCGACGAUUGGCUGCUCGUUCGCCUUCAUGUUGCCGGUGUCCACGCCCCCCAACUCCAUCGCCUUCGCCUCAGGGCACCUCAUGGUCAAGGACAUGGUAAGGACGGGUGUUGUGAUGAACAUCCUAGGGGUGCUGUGUGUGUCUCUGGCCAUGAACACAUGGGGCCAAGUUAUGUUUGACCUCAACAACUACCCAGACUGGGCACGUCCACUAAACAUCUCCACGGCAGCGCCCGUUCUCUCCACCCUCGUCCCUGCCCUCAACUCCACCCUCUGAAGCUGUCAAAUCAGCAGCCAUGUUACAGACCAACCCUCUGACACCGCCCAAUCAGCAGCCAUGUUAUAGAACGACCCUCUGAAACCGCCCAAUCAGCAGCCAUGUUACAGGCAGACCCUCUGAAGCUGUCGAAUCAGCAGCAACGUUACAGCCAGACCCCCUAAAGCCACCAAAUCAGCAGCAAUGUUACAGGCAGGCUAUCUAAAAUCACCCAAUUAGCAGCCUUACUACAGGCAGACCCUCUAAAACUGCCCAAUCAGCAGCAACGGGCAUGUGUUUGUGUUUGUGUGUGUGUGUGUGUGUGUGUGUGUGUGUGUGUGUGUGUGUGUGUGUGUGUGUGUGUGUAUGUGUGUAUGUCUGAUACAAACAUACACACAUAGCCCAGGAGCCUGUGGUUUGGACACUUACAGUAUAUAUUGUAUGCGGUGGACAUUCUCCUCGAAGAAACACCAACAUCACGAGUCCACCUCCAAAGCGUAUUAUCACAGCUGGACAACAGCACCAUCUGCACAGACACAAGCCUCGACAGAUGCCAAGACGCUACACACUCUGUAGUUAAGAUGGCCGACACUUGCCCAGGUGUCAGUAAGCAGCAACGAGAUGUCCUCACACUGAGGGUCAGGGUCUUGCAGACUGAGAGUCAAACUCGUAUCGCUAGACAACCACAUGCAGCUACCACACUGAUAUAGAGUACAGACCUGUUAGAACGGAGAGGGAACCUAUAGGACACACUGUAUGUAAUACAUAGGGCAGAGGAAAGGAAAGACAACAAAGCAUGCAGAGACAAACAAGAGAGGCCAUUGUUCCAGUCAGUAAGCCUGUAAGUGUGAGGCGUACACACAUACUCACAGAGGAAAGUCCUUCAGACGUGCGCACACACACACACACACACACACACACACAAACACGUGUGGAAAGUCGUUCAGGCCCUCCAGCUCAGACAUACAGGAGCCUCUGAGUUCCAUCCAUAGAACAGGCUACAGCAGAAAGCCAAACCAACAACAUUAUUCAGAUGAAGACAUGGAAGACAGGUGUAUACAAACUGUUAUGCACUGUUCUCUAUGAAAGCAGUGCUAUGCGGUCAGAGUAAUUGUGCGUUGUGGGCACUGCUGAGUAUCCGUGUUGGUAGUCCGUCUAAAGUCCCUCCACUCGGCGGCCAUAUUGCAACACACUUUGGGCACUUAUCAGGCAUCUAUUUUGGGCAGAACUGUGCGUGCGCAAGGCUUCAUGACACCAACCUUCGCACCCAGAAGGGAUGGAAUAUGUGUAGACAACUGCCAUAUUGGAGGAUUGGCAUAUUUACUAACCAACCCCAUGCAUUUCUAUGGAGGAUUUUUUGAGUUCUGUGUCUCAUUGCAAAGUCUCUGGUCUAAAUCACACCUGGCCCUCUCCUCUCUCACUCCUGCUGAAGUUGUUCUCUCAGCGCUUUGCUGCCCUCUACAGGUGAGAAGCAGCUGGUGCAGGUAUAUGUGCCUGGUUUCGAAUGAUUGGAGAUGUCAAAGUGAAAGCCUCAGUAGACCGCUGCGAUUAAACAUGUAGAAUGUGUAAAGAGAAUGUGAGAGUGUGUGUCCAUGUAAGACUUAAUGAAUGUUUUAAUGUAACAGUUAAUCUAAUCAGAUUGUAUUCUUCUUAUAAAGUAUUUGAUUUAUAAGACAAUAAAGGCUUGAUUGUCACAAAAAUUCUGCAACUUUUCAAGUAUAAGUAUAUAUACUCUUUUGAUCCCGUGAGGUAAAUUUGGCCUCUGCAUUUAUCCCAAUCCGUGAAUUAGUGAAACACACUCAGCACACAGUGAAUACACA